CUCCAGUAACCUCUGCCCUGCUGUCGCGAGGGCGCGCGGGAAAUCCCGAGUGCGACUAGAAUCCGGCGGGCCUCUGAGACCAUGGCCACCUCUUCGGUGUCCAAGGGUUGUUUUGUGUUUAAGCCAAACUGCAAGAAGAGAAAGAUCUCUGUGCCCAUAGAGGACUAUUUUAAGAAAGGGAAAAAUGAGUCUGAAGACAGUAAGCUUCGUUUUGAAACUUACCACUUGAUGUGGCAGCAAAUGAAAUCAGAAACUGAGAGACUACAAGAAGAGUUAAAUAAAAGCCUGUUUGACAGUCUAAUUGAAUUUCUGCACAAGUCUCAUUGUGGAUACCAGAACAAUUCAGGGGACUGGGGAGCUCAAAUAAAACUCAGAGAAAUUCCAACUGCUGCUCUUGUUCUAGGUGUGAAUGUAACAGAUCAUGAUUUAACAUUCAGAAGUCUAACAGAAGCCCUUCAGAAUAACGUCACACCAUAUGUAGUCUUGUUACAAGCUAAAGAUUGUCCAGAUAUAAAACAUUUUUUGCAAAAACUGGUAUCACAGCUGAUGGAUUACUCUGUGGACAUAGAAUCCAAAGAGGAGAAAAAUAUUCAGGUUGCCCAGAAAAAGUCUCAUUGUUCAAUGGAUUCUCUUUCCAAUUGGUACAUGAAUAUGACACAGAAGAAGAUGGAUCCAAAACUACCAAGGAAAAAGAGGAUGUCUAACCAAUGGCAGUCUCCUCCAGUUGUGCUUAUCUUAAAGGAUAUGGAAAGUUUCACUACAAAAGUACUUCAAGACUUCAUAAUUAUUAGCAGUCAGCAUCUACAAGAAUUUCCACUAAUACUGAUUUUUGGAAUUGCCACAUCUCCUAUUAUCAUUCACCGGCUCCUUCCUCAUGCAGUAUCAUCUCUAUUGUGUAUAGAACUAUUCCAGUCUUUGUCUUGCAAGGAGCACCUAACUACAAUACUUGAUAAGCUACUUCUUACAACUCAGUUUCCCUUUAAACUAAGUGAAAAAGUGUUGCAGAUUUUGACAAACAUUUUUUUGUAUCAUGAUUUCUCAAUUCAAAACUUUAUAAAAGGACUUAAGCUUUCUCUGUUAGAGCAUUUCUAUUCCCAGCCCCUCAGUGUUCUGUGCUGUAAUCUUCCAGAAGCCAAAAGAAGAGUAAAUUUUUUAUCAGAUAACCAAUGUGAAAACAUCCGACGUCUUCCAUCAUUUAGGAGGCAUGUGGAAAAGCAAGCUUCAGGAAAGCAAGUUGCACUGUUGACCAAUGAAAGAUAUUUAAAGGAGGAAACACAGUUGUUACUAGAAAAUCUGCAUGUUUACCAUACAAAUUACUUCCUUGUUUUGAGAUGUCUUCAUAAGUUCACUUCUUCUCUUCCCAAGUACCCUUUGGGUCGACAGAUCAGAGAGCUGUACUGUACUUGUUUAGAAAAGAACAUAUGGGAUUCAGAGGAGUAUGCAUCAGCUUUGCAGCUUCUGAGGAUGCUGGCAAAGGAUGAACUGAUGACUAUGCUUCAAAAAUGUUUCGAGAUUUUGAAGUCCUCUCCUGAAAAGCAGAUUAAUAUCAUGGCAAACAGUAUAGAGGAAUUCCUGGCUCAGUUUCAGAGCCUUGAUGCACAAGUCAAAGAGGAAGAAGAUACUUCUGGAUCACAGGCAAAGGGACUUCAGAAGACAGACCUCUAUAAUCUUCAGAAGUCCUUAUUGGAAAUGAAGGAGUUAAGAAGAACAACUAAGAAGCAGAGCAAGUUUGAAAUACUCAGAGAUAAAGUUGUGAACUUCAUUGAUAGUAUGGUGAGAGAAUAUCUCCUGCCUCCAGAGACACAGCCUUUACACGAGGUGGUAUACUUCAGCGCUGCCCACACCCUUCGUGAACACUUGAAUGCUGCUCCAAGAAUUGCUGUCCACACUGCACUCAACAAUCCUUAUUAUUAUCUUAAGAAUGAAACCUUGAAAAGUGAAGAAGGCUGCAUUCCAAAUGUUGCCCCAGAUAUCUGCAUUGCAUACAAACUGCACCUAGAAUGUAGCAGGCUCAUCAACCUUGUGGACUGGUCAGAGGCUUUUGCAACAGUUGUGACAGCUGCUGAACAAAUGGAUGCAAAUUCUGUAACCUCAGAAGAAAGGAAUGAAAUUAUCCAUGCUCGGUUUAUCAGAGCAGUUUCUGAACUAGAACUUUUAGGAUUUAUAAAACCUACCAAGCAGAAGACUGACCAUGUGGCAAGGUUAACCUGGGGAGGCUGCUAGAAAGCAAAUCAGUGAAGUGAAAAGGAUCACAUUUAGCUGAAGAGACAAAGGAGACUCGUCUGCCAUGUUUAUCUACCACUGGAGGAAAACUGUUUUUCUGAAAAGAAUGUAUAAGCACAUAGACUGGUAACCCUAAACAGGAAUAUAUCAAAAUACCUGUUAAGUACUUCAGAAUCCAACGAACAACAUUGUAACUGCAACCUGUCUCACAUCAUUUUUAGUAAUUGCCCUAAAUUGUGAGUAAAUGAUUUUUGAACAUAUGUAGUAUAUGUUCAAAAAGCUCUUCUCUGCAGAAGUACAAUGUAUGCAGUUGAUUUAACAGCACUCAUUUCUGCUUCCCUAGUUUGCUGUAUUGCUUUCUGCUUAAUAUAUUACAUAUAGUAAGAAGAGGAGUGUCAUAUAGCAUUACCUUCUAGUGGUAACACAGGUUUUAAAAUUAAUCAGUGCACGCAUUUGCUUUAGUCUUGUAAGUUGAAGGAUAUAAGCCCUGAGUUGUUUGGCUCCAUGCUUAAAAGCAGUAAGUAUUCUAUGUCAGGAUGACCCAUCAGAGUAUUACCGUCUACUCUAAGGCCUAAAUGAAAUAUCUGCUCUCUUUCACAAUAAAAACUCAAGAGGGCAGUUCAGAGUUCAUCCUUUUAGAGCACAGAAUCUACAUUCCCAAGGCCCCAAUUUCAAUCCCUGACAUCAUGUUAUGCCAGAGCAAACCAGUGCUCUGGUGGUCUCAUUUAAAACAAACACACAUUAAAGGACUCAUCAAUGACUCUAGGAGGUGGGACAUGGAUAACAUCUUGGACUCUAAAGUGUGAGGUCCUGAGUUCAGUCUCUAGUAUCACAUGCCAGGGGGAUGCUUCUUGCGUCGUUUUUCUUCUCUUUUGCUCAUGAAUCUUUUUUUUUAAAGAGAGAACUUGAUCAACAAUAUGAAACAAACAUCUCAAUUUCACUAUUUAAUGUCCUAUAUUCCCAAGAGACUUUUGGGGUGUGUCUUUAGGAUUACUAACAAACCAAAAUUAUCAUGAAAUUAUGGCCAAGGGAAAAACAAACCCAAAUUCAGUAAAAUGGAAAAACUGUUCUGGUUAGCAAACUGUAGGCCUAUGUAACUGCAGCUGUUGUUUUAUGAAGAGAGUUAAUGUAGUUAAUUAUUUUUUAAUAUAAAAAACUCAUUAGUUUUGGAGUGAGAAGAGGCAGAAUGUAAAGACUAAAAUUAAAUGACAUUAAUGUCAUUUAAUGCUCCCAUCCCUCUCCUCUUCUGAAAGCAUAGAUGCGAGGCCGGCAAGAUAGUUCACAUGGGUAAUGUACUUGCUGCUUUGUCAUGGUCGUGAGCACAACACAGGUUGAGUCUGGGGAAAAUUUAGUACUGCGGUUAUCUAUCUGGGGAAAAAAAUUAGUCUGGAGUAGUAGAACCUAUUGUGAGGAUCAAAACAAACCCACAUAGAAAUGCUAAAUGAGGUGGUAGUGCAGCAGGUUAAGCACACGUGGCGCAAAGUGCAAGGACUGGCGUAAGGAUCCCAGUUUGAGCCCCUGGCUCCCCACCUGCAGGGGAGUAGCUUCACAAGAGUGAAGCAGGUCUGCAGGUGUCUUUCUCUCCCUCUCACUCUCUCUUCCCCUCCUCUGUCCUAUCCAAUAACUAACAGCAUCAACAACAACAAUAAUAACCACAACAAUGGCAACAAAAGGGGAAAAAAUGGCCUCUAGGAGCAGUGGAUUCACGGGCCCCAGCAAUAACCCUAGAGGCAAAAAAAAAGCUAAAUGAAAUAUAUACCAAAAAUAGUUUGUCAAAAUGACGCCAGUUAAAAAGUAAAACUUCAAGGUACAUAGCCCUAGAAAGCUUUGAGGAAGAUAAUUAGAUUGACGGUCUUAUCUUCACCUAAAAGAUGCCAGGAUUCCUUAUCCAGAGCUAUCUAUCACUUGGAAAUUAAGAACUUUAUAAAAUGCAAACACAAACACUACCACAAUAAAACUGAAUCCAUGUGAUAAUAAA